AUGAAGGACCCCACAAAAGGCAUGAAGGACCCCAGAAGGCAUGAAGGACCCCCCCAGAAGACCCCUUUACAGGAUAUGAAGGACCCAAAAAGACAUGAAGGACUCCACAGAAACCCUCACAGGACCCCCACAGGACAUGAAGGAUUUCCGGGAACCAACUCCUCCUACAACCAUGUCACUCCUAAGCCGUCACAACCACGUCACUCCAUGCCGUCACAACCACGUCACUCCCAAGCCGUCACAACCACGUCACUCCCAAGCCGUCCUAACCACGUCACUCCCAAGCCGUCACAACCACGUCCUCCCAUGCCGUCACAACCACGUCACUCCCAUGCCGUCACAACCACGUCCACUCCCAUGCCGUCACAACCACGUCACUCCCAUGUCCAUCACAACCACGUCACUCCAUGCCAAAUCACAACCGUCCUCCCAUGCCGUCACAACCACGUCACUCCAUGCCGUCACAACCACGUCACUCCAUGCCAUCACAACCACGUCACUCCCAUGCAAUCGGCUCCACAAUCCUCCCAAGCCAUCACAGCCACGUCACUCCCAUGCCGUCACAACCCAUCCAUCAUGCCGUCACAGCCACGUCACUCCAUGCCGUCACAACCACGUCCUCCCAUGCGUCACAACCACGUCACUCCCAUGCCGUCCCCAGCCGUCACCUCCCAAGCCAUCACAACCACAGUCACUCCCAUGCCAUCACAACCACGUCCUCCCAAGCGUCACUCACCAAGCCGUCACUCCCCUAUUAUCCUUGUUGAGUUUCCGGUCGUUAUCUCCGAAACCAAUUAA